AUGCUACUGGAUUACGUUGCCACGGUUGGCUUAGGUAUAUUUUGCUACCUAGCCGAUGCAUUAAUGGAUGUCUCCUUUAUUCGUCAGAAUACAAUACUAAGAGCAAUCACGGAUAAUGCUGCUCAUGGCAUUAUCGCUGCAUGGUCGUGGGCAAUCGCUAUAGGUUUAUCUAUCAAUUGGAAAACAGCAUCGGAAAUUUUUCUAUGUUUCAUUUGCUCAUCCGGCCUUGAUGUGGAUCAUUUCAUUGCAGCAAGAUCAAUAAAGCUAAAGGAUGCUCUAGCACUGAACAGAAGGCCAUUUCUCCAUGCCACUUCACUAAUACUCUUUCUAUUUUUUGUCACCGUUAUCGUUGUUCGAUAUAUGCCUUUAUCGGUAUAUCAUAAAAUGAAAUAUUUACCAUAUAUAUUUCUAGCAGCAUCACUAUCGCAUCAUUUUCGGGAUGGAUAUCGUCGAGGCCUAUGGUUUGCACCAUUUGGGAGUUCUAGACCUUUACCGUAUACAUUGUACGUAUCAUUAACUAUGGUACUACCAUGGAUUUUGAUUUAUCUAAUGUGGAUAACUGAGAGCGAAAGAAAGAUAAAAAAAUCAAAAAUAUUACUGAAUGUAUGA